ACUACCGGCUUUCUUUUAUGUCGAGUCGAAGGCAAUCUUGGCAACGCCCUUCCGAAUAGCAAAGUGAUCAUCUACGGGACGACUAUGUCUCGCCCCGCACCGGGCCGAACCCGCCGACCUAUCCCGCCGGUUUACCCACAUUUCCCGGUCGCCGAUGCGAGAUGUCUGACAAGGAGGGGGCGGCCCCCCCGCCGGAAGGCGUAGUGCCUGACUUUCAGCAUCCGCAGGACGUAUUGCAUACCAUCAAUUUGGUGUCGCAGAUUCUUUCUAUUGUGUCUGUCAGUAUCUUCAUGAUGCUGCGCAUUUAUGCGAAAACCCUCAUCGCGCCGCCGUUCUACUUAGACGAUUGGAUGGCAGUGAUUGCCUGGAUAUUAUCAGUCGGGUACAGUUCGACGGCACUCGUGAUGCAUCGCUAUGGGGGUGGCUAUCAUAUAUAUGAGAUAUCCAAGGAUAAAUUCGUUGGUUUCUUGAAGGGGCUGUACGCGGACACACUUGUCUACGGCCCAAACUCAUAUUUCACGAAACUCGCACUGCUACUCAUCGUGAUCCGAGUCUUCAGGCUGAACAAGAAGACCAUCAUCGGCACAUAUGCCGUCAUAGUGUUCAUGACUGGGUAUUACGUGCCGGUCCUCUUUCUCAAGAUGUUCAUUUGCCACCCAAUUGCUGGGUACUGGGACUCGACUCUCAAUGCUACCUGCUUGAACCAACGAGCCAUAUUUGUUGCCGAUACUGCCGUCAGUGCAAUCACGGACACCGCCGUAUUAUGUCUGCCGAUACCCGUGGCUUUGAGUCUACGAAUGUCAUGGACCAAGCGACUCAAAGUGAUUCUCAUGCUCAGUGCAGGAGGCGUCGCCACAGCAGCAAGCAUUGUACGAAUGAUUCUCGUAAUUCAGCUACAAAAGUCGGAUGACGAGCCUGUCGACUUCAUUCGUUUUAAUCUACUUGGGACUGCGGAAGUGAGCAUAGGCAUGAUCUGUGCGUGUCUUCCUGCAAUCAACAUCUUAUUCAUGCGAGGACUCAGUGGUUCGCAACAAUCGAGUCACAAUACCGGCCAGAGCAGCAAAAAGUACUUUGAGCUCAAAUUCCUCAUGGGCAGUAAGCUACAAACGCAAAAUUUAACGGCAGUAAAUACCACUGGGAUAACCGGGCCUGUGGCUGUAAGCACUCAUGAUGCAGAGAGCAUAGUGCAUGAACAUAGGGAUUCCAUCUUUCCGAUAGAAAGGAUGAGCCGAGUGACCUCACUCAAACCAGAAGAUGUGGAAAGAGGGAUCUGGUCAGAUGAAUGGUACUCCAAAGUCACGGCGUCGCCUUUCUCGGAACCUGGGUCUCCGGAUUGGGCUCGAAAGGCUUCCAUGGGCUUCAUGGAGACAAUAACAGAGUUGAGCUAAGUCCCACGUCCUGCGGCAUUAAAGGCGUACUUGAUUUAUCAGAAUAUCAUUGGGUUUAUCUCGUUACGAAUUACCCAGCAAGGAGG